AGACAACGAUAGUCUACCAAAAGAGAUUCUCAAUACAAUGACUAAAGUUAACAGUGCGAGUUCAUGGGGAUUUCUGUGGCAAACAUACCUACCUGGGGAAUUUGAAGGUUAGGGUUAGGGUUAGGGUUAGGCCAAGGUUGAGUAUUAUUGAAUUUUAUUCUUAACGAAUGUUCGAUGGGCAGAAAAAUAUAAGAGAUAUGCCGAUAUUUUCUGAAAUUGUUGAUUUACCUAAGUUCUGCAAAGGAUCACCGAAGGUUGUCAAACCUUCUGAUGUCAAUGUACCACAAGUAGUAAACGCAACGACGGGUUAUACUCUAGACAAAUAUUUUAAUGUAUCACCUGAUCUACGUCCAGCUUUUUAUUUCCCAGACGAUCAUUGUGGUCCGGACAUUAUUUUUUUCGUUGAAUUUGAGGAGGUUACAGUUCCUGUUUUCAUUCAGGUCAAGCUUCGUUAUUCUGUUAAAACAAUUGCGGGGGCUCUCAGUUCGAUUGACCCAAGAAUGUUUUACAGGGAUAAAAAUGGCGAAAUUUUUCAAAAAGAAACAAAUAAACCCAUUGUUGAUAAGGUAAUACAACAAUGCGAGAAAGGCUCUAUUGCCUUAUUGGUUGCCUAUCCAGCCGAUGUGCGCCAAGAAUCGUUUGUAACAAACAAUUAUCCAUAUGGUCUAAGGGGUCGAUUAAACCAGCAACAACUUAUCGGCAUUAUUGAUCACAAAAACGCAUCGACUGUCUUUCAGGGAGAUCAUCUGUUGUUUCUAGAUACGCUUAAAAACACCAUAAAAAAAGAGGUAAAGAAAGUAAAAGAAAAAGUGGAGGAAAUCGGAGAAAAUAGUGGACUAAGAAAAAAACGAAAGCAUUAGAUUAACAUUAAGUAUGAAAAAUACAAUUUCGUCCUACAACUGAUGACUUCGGAAAUCGAAACAGGAUAAAUACAUAUCUUUUCCUUAAACUAUCAUAGUGUUUUGCACGCCUGCAACGUUUUUCUUUAAGAAUGCGUAAUCUAUAUUACAAGUCUUUACUCGUAUAUUAGUUGUAGUCAUAUUAAUUUUGCAUAUAUUAUAUUUUCGUGCCUUUAUUAUAAACAUGGAAUUUUAUUAUUUAUACAAUUUGUUAGUUUAUUUUUUUAAGUGGUGAUUCGUCUAAGAACCGGAGAAAAUUUAUGAGCUUUUGGGGAAGGGAAUGUAGUAAAUAAAUUACAUGAUUCAGAGAGUAACGCCUGUCAGCAAAUUUGCCAGGAACAAAGUUUUAUUAAUAUAUGUGAAAAGUAAAUACAAAGAUGGGAUUUUGCCCGCGAUUUCUAUGCUACCUAAGAACCUAUGUUAAAUAUAUAUUUUUCACUGACUUCAAAGAUUUAUUUCUC